AUGACAACAAAAGAGAUAUUAGAUCAACAACAAUUAUUUAGUAGAGAUGAACUUGAGAAUAUGAAUAGAAAGGAAUUGGAGAAUUUAAUGGUUAAAUACUCUAUUAAAUAUCAUGGAUUACAGAUACGUAAAACGAAACCGAAAUUGAUCGAACUAAUAGAGAAAUAUCAAGAUCAAAUCAUCGAUUUGAAGUCAAAGUUAGUGAUAGACAACUCUAUGGAGCAAUAUCAUCGUGGAACUGUUGAAUAUCGAUUGCCAACAUUGAUCAUCAAUCGAAUCAUUCGUGAUCUCUGGCAUGAUGAUAUCUACUUUUCUUUAGGCAAACACUGUCUUCGCUCAAACUACCGAUGGCUGCUCUCUAUUGCUCUGGUUUCAAAAGAGUUCUUCAAACUGAUAUCAUUGUUGUUCACUCGCUUUGCACAUGUAAAUACUGCAGAUUUCCAAUCUAACAAUCCUUCGCAACAUCUCAUGAACAGUGUCGCCAGUAGGUUCUCGAUUCUCAAGAAUAUCAGUCAUCUGACAUUAUCGAUGAGCAUUUUCGUAGAAAUCAUCAACAGAACAACAUAUAAAUCGGUUGAAAUUGGUCUUAUUUUCAACAGAGUAAGAACAUUACGGUUGAAAAACUACGUAAUGUUUCAAGAUGAUCAUUGUAAAUCGAUUAUUCAACAUAUGCCAAAUCUAGAAUCACUGACCCUUCCUACAAUACCGAUUGGCAUUGACAGCAACAAGAAUUUAUUUGAGUUGCUGAAAGAGAUACCCAAACUGACAUCACUCGACUUGUCAUUCACUAUAUUCUUCAAACUUGAUUUCUCUAUUGAAAUGAUUUCUAGUUCCAUUCAAAAGUUGAAACUUCCAAUUGUUCAUAAUUUCAAACUUUCAGACACCCAUCGAAUUACAACAUUAGGAUUAUCAGGAUUAGAUUGUCAAAUGAUCAAUAGUCAGUUCAAGCAAAUCACCAAACUCAUAUUUUUCAACGAGAUCAGCUCGGAGGCUGAGAAGAUCUUGAAAGUACUGUUAUGUUCACCAGAUUGUAAAGUUAAUACUCUCUAUGUACAUAAUGGUAAAUGGAUAGAUGAGGUGCUUGGUCAGAACCAAACAAUAACGACACUCGAUAUCACAGAUGAUCUUGAGACCACCUUCAAAGCAUCAUUGAAAUCAACAUCGAUCAAACUAUUUAUUUUCUUGAAAAGCAUCUUCUUCCCAAAUGAUAGCUAUCAACAAAAGAUCGGACAAGCAACUGGAUAUGUACACUACAAAUCUAAAAAUAGAAAUGUACACCAACAGAAAUGCUAUGCCAAGAAGAUCUACCAUGCUUCUCAGAACGCCAAUGACAAUAAAACAAUAGAAGCAACAUAUCCAAAUAUCAAAUUUUUAUAUUUUGUUCCAAAGGAGGUAUAA